UGUACACUGGGGAAGAUGUUCUAAAAAAUGACAAUAUGACAGACAUCUGGCUGGCUGCACAUCAACUCCAGAUUGACUUUUUGAUUCAACGAUGUGAGAGUUUUAUUGCUGGAAAAAUCAACUGGGCCAAUGUCUGUGAUAUCUGGCAGAUGGCUUAUGAACUUAAGAAGCAGACGUUAAUUACGAAAUGUGAAUCUUUCUUAAAUGAAAAGCUGUCCCUAGAAAAUUAUUAUAUUGUAUAUUCUAAAGCCAGACGACUUGAAAUGAGCCACAUUUUAAAAAAUGUUCAAGAGUUUAUGAUAAAGAAUUUCGAAAUGAUAAGCAAAGAUGUUGUGUGCAAGCUUUCAUUCGAGGGUGUCUUGGAGAUUGUAGAAAGCCACGAUCUUGUUGUAAAGUCGGAGGACGGUGUUUUGGAUUUUAUUUUUAAGUGGAUUGAGUGUCAACCAAACGACACUGCGUCAACACGGCAAGACGAGCUCGGACAUACCAAGACAGAAGGCACCGGAAACAUAAAGGCAGAAGAAAUAGAAAAUACAAAAACCCAAUUUGGAAAAGACGCUCACACGACAGAUGGCAACAAUUGUGAAUCAGAUGUCGAGCCUAAGAUGUUAGCAAGGAAUUUUGUAUCGAGGAGAUAUGAUAACAACGUCUGGAUCCAAUCUGAAGGCGCCUCUCUGAUAUCUGGCGACAGCUUACCAUUACACAUCUCGGGGCAUGCGGGUAACUCUAGUGCUCACAUUUUUCGGUCAACUGUCAGUAAGACUUCACAGGGGCCCUUGUUAUCAAAAACAAGAGAAUCACCCAUGGCAAUGCAGAGAGUUGACAAAGGUGACCAGCUCGUGACAUUACUUAAAGCAG